UUAAUCUUAGAAAGAAAUUAAAAAUAAAGACUAGCUAGUAAAAGCCCCUUUUUAAGAGAAUCUAUGUAUAUAUAAUUAUAUAUAGAUCAUGAACCUAAUCAUCAUGUAUAUGGAUCAUGUCCUUAUAUAUAUAUAUACACACAAGACACAAGUCUUUGGAGAAAUAUCCAUAGAGGCAUAGAGCUGAAAAAAAUUGUUAUUAUUUGACAAAAUUGAAUUUGAAUUUGGUAGUUAUAAUUAAGGCAAAUCAUAAUUAAAACAGAAAUGGCGAACAUGCAAAUAGUAGCAGCGUACAAGAAUGUUGUGGAGGCACAGUAUGUGGAGAUGAUGGUUCCCUUGUAUUCUUAUGGAUGCGAGAAGAAAAUCAAGAAAGCCUUAUCUGCUCUUAAAGGUAAUUAUGGCAUAUAUAUUUUUAAAAUUAUUUAUAUUUUUGUGUAUUAUUACUUAUUUUGUUUACUAUGGGGAAUUUGCAACAAAUAUGAUGUGCUAGAAACCGUAAGAAGCAAGAGAAAAGAUGCUCGUUUUUGGAACCCUGAAGACAAUCUUGAAUUAUUAGAGGAUCCAAAAUCAUCACCAUCUUCACCAAUAACAACUCUUCAUCACAAAGAUUUUAAGCGCUCUUUAACUUUGACUAAGGUUCGCUCUCUAAGUUUGAAAGCGUGGAAAAAAGUCUUCACUAGAUCAUAUUCUUUCUAAAAAUAACAAAUUGAUCAUGUGGAAGGUCAUGAAUUAUCAUUAAGUUGCUUGUCAAAAAAUGAGUGUAAAUUUUUGAAUGGACAUGUUCCACAUUCAUCAUCUCAUUUGUAUAUAUUUGGAGGCAUGCUGAAGCACUUUAUUAUUAUCUAUUUGUGUCCUUUCAUUGUUCCCUUUUAAAUUUGAUUUACAUGUGAUGUGAUUUUGGUUU